CGAGAAGAUCCCCCUUGAAUGAAUUCGCAACUCCAGUGAAAUGGAAUGGAAACCUCCAUAAGUGUGGUUUUUUGAUCGACAAGCGAACUCCGAAGCGACAAGAGUCAUUUUGAUAUGAACGAAUUAGCGGGCCUUUGAGCCCCCCGUGAUCGUAUUACAUCUGGUCUUCGUCUUUCUCCUUUCUACUAUACUUGUGUUAUUUCUUAGUUCCUCAUUUCCAUCCGCACGAGAUAAAGAGAAGACAUCAUGGUCGUCGUCGAACGCUACGAAAAAACGGCCGCCGACCCCGAGGCCGCCUAUCGCGCAGGGACCAUAAUUCGGGUGAAGUGGCCGCAUACAGAUGGCACCAAGGGUUGGUACACAGCAAUGAUCACGGGGGUGUCAGAGCGCAUUAGUCCGGUCCGGAAACGCAGCACUCCGUCGCACUAUCGCUACACGCUGAUGUGGGCAGACGGGAGCAGAUCGCUGGCCUCUAGGUUGCUGCACCUGAAGCACAAGAUACGAUACCAACCACAUCAAGACAAGCGCUGCAAUCUGCGCGCCUUCGUUCAUUGUAGUGAUGGGAAAAGACACGAACUGCCUUUGGGUGUCUCUUACACUCAGCCAACAUCUCGCUGCACAGUACACUCCGCUCCCCGAUUGAAAGUUGUUUCGCCUACUACUAUUUCUCAGAUGAGUCGCUGGGCUUCUAUAACUCUACCACAGUACCCAACGGGAAAAGCCGCAGUGGAUGUGGCCAACCGGAAAAGGCUUGGCUUCAUACUGGAUCACCUGCACAAACAACGCCGCCGCGGCGACCAGGAAUAA